CGCUUUGUGACAGCAGAGAAACCAGGUUCAAGUUGCAAAUAAGAACUUACAAUGCUAUAUUUUGUCAUAUUAUUUGCCAUAUUUUCAUUUCUUGCACUUGCCCAAGGGCAAAAAGAUCCAAUGUGCAGGAAUAAACCUUUUGCAGUUGGAAAAUGUAAGCAAAUUAUUACAGGAUACACGUUUACACCGGAAAAAAAACGGUGUUCGAAAUUCUCUGCUGAAGGCUGUCGAGUUACUGGUAACUUUUUUAACACACGACAGCAAUGCGUGGAAAAAUGCUGGGACGAAUAUCAAGAUCUCGUCGAGUUUCAGAAAAACCUAUUAAAUUUACUUGCCGAAAUUCCUGAAGAAUAAAUUUAAUUGAAAUGAA